AUGGAGCUUUUUCUCCUUUACUACCCGUUUACUUUUCUGUUCAUCUCGCUUCUAGUCCUGUACCAGGUGAAACCUACAUUUAGAUACUCCUGCAAGAAAGUCUUCUAUAAGCUGUGGGUCUUCAAUGCAAGCAUUCUGGUUAUUAUGCUCAGUAUUCCGCGUGGACGUAAUGUGGAAAACUCCAAGUUUUUCCGCAUGUCAUCCCUGCCACUCAAAUACAUCUUUGGGCUCAAGAUAGUUGUGAAGGGCAAGGAGCACCUCAGGACUAAGAAACCUUUCAUCCUCGUGUUGAAUCACCAGACCUCCCUUGACGUUAUGGUGAUGACGGAGAUAUUACCAAAUCGCUGCGUGGUCGUUGCAAAGAAGGAAAUCCUAUAUAUGGGGUCUUUUGGCCUAGCAUGCUGGCUUUCAGGAUUUAUUUUCAUUGACCGCAAGAAGAAGGAAGAGUCUAUCGCUACCUUGACAGAGGUGGCACACUCCCUGCACAAAGACAAUUUCCGUGUCUUGAUCUACCCUGAAGGAACUCGCAAUCAUGGUGGCUCCAUGUUGCCCUUCAAACGGGGAGCCUUCCAGUUGGCUGUGAAAGCCCAGGUCCCCAUUAUUCCUGCGGUGAUCUCUUCCUACCGUGACUUCUACAGCCAGAAGGAGAAGAGAUUUACACCAGGGAAAAUCAUCAUCCAGAUCCUCCCAGAAGUGGAGACCCUUGGCCUGGGCCCGGACGAUGUUCCCAAGCUCACUGAGCAGGUCCGUGACGCCAUGCUCGCCACCUAUCAGGAUAUAUCGGGGAUGGUGAACGGGGCUUCCCAUUAG